AACAAUGGCUGAAUCAGAUGUGUCGGCAGUGAAAGUCUACAAUUAUAUUUGUGGAAUUGGUGGAUUCGCAGAGUUUUCGCAAUUGCUACAGCAUCCGUCACCUUUGGCUAAAAAGUAUAAUGCGAUUUCAGUGUUGCUUUGGUUUGAAAUGGAGAAACAUUCAGGUUCUUUUGAUUCUGAUCACGCCCGGCUUGUGAUGACUACAAACCAAUAUGGAAAAGGCUUUGGCAUCCGAAUCGACCUGAAAAAACAGAUGUGCCUGAAAUAUACUACCACAGGCGCUUGUCAGUCCGGAAAGCGCUGCAAAUUCUGGCAUAUUUGUAAAGAGUUUAUUGAGGGAAGAUGCAAAGGAAAUUGCGGGCGUACUCACGAUUUUCACGACAAUGAUAACAAAGAAAAGGCAGCCGAGCUAGGAUUUGAAAAGAAAGCUAGUCACGUUGUGAGAGGUAUCGUCGCUGGGAGCCUGCCUCAGGUUUGCCUUAGUUACUUGAAAAAUGAAUGUCUGACCAGCAAUUGCCCUUAUCUACAUGUAUGUCCAAGUCAAGUUAAGGCAGCUCCUUGUGAAACAGAAUGUUCACUUUCACACAACUUCGCCGAUUCUCAUAACAAGAACAUUCUUGAACAGCACGGAUUUAGGCCUCCGCGAAAAUUAGAAAUGGAGGUGGUGCGAUGUAACAUUUUGUUUCCCAAGCAGCAGAAACCCAUUGAGGAUAACAAACGACUGUUGGAGUUAUCUCAGCGAGAAAAGCAGAUGGUAGGCGUGGGGCGGCCGAAAGAAAACGAAAGAUCAAGCAAGAAAGCUAGAGCUGGCGAUACCAAAACCGAAAAUUUUGGUAGCGGUAAAAAUAACACACCUUCCAAGGCAAAAACCGUUACAAAGCCAGUUACCCUUUCCGGUUUGAUUCAAGAAGAAGCAAACAAAUCAGCGCAAUUGUCAAAUGCUUCAACAAGAUUUCAACAAGGCACAGUUGCCCCCGGGGCUGUUCUCGAUAAAGUAAUUAAUUAUAUAUGUAGCAAGGGGGGGUUUGCCACGUUAUCAGAUCUGCUACACCAUCCAUCACCUCUUGCCAAAAAGUUUUCUUCGCCUGAACAGACGAUGGAUGCAAAGAUUUGGCUUCAAGUUCAGGCACAGUCAGAUCUGAAUCCCAGGAUCAGUGUUUUGGAGAAUAAUGAUGGUGAAGUGUUAGGUGCUCGUUUACAUUUGAAGGAAAAUAUAUGUUUGAGUUAUGCCUCAAAGGGAACCUGUUCCAAGUCUCCUUGCCCAUUUUGGCAUAUCUGCAAGGGAUAUUUGGAGGGGAAGUGUGCAGGUGAUUGUGGUUUCUCCCAUGAUUUCCAUGAUGAAGGUAACAUAAAGAAAGUAGAGAAGUUGGGUUUUGCCAAGCAUCCCAGUGGCACUAUAAGAAACAUUGUUGCCAACAGCUUGCCUCAAGUGUGCCUGAAGUACCUUGACAACAAGUGCUUUUCAAAGGGGUGUCCUCAUCUACACAUAUGCUCUCAUCCAAUUGUGUCAUGGCAAGGAAAUCCAUUUGCUUGUAACUGUGGCUUGUCACAUAAUGUUCAGGAUUACCAUAACUUGAGAAUUCUUAGGCAAUACAAGUUGGUGCCUCAGCCAUCCAAGACAAACAUAGUGCUCUGUAACAUCCUAAUUCCCAAGAAGCAAAGAGGCUUUGAAGAUGACAAAAAUAAUUUGGGUACUUCUUUGUCUUCCUUGCAGCAAACACGUCUAAACAAACCUGCUCCACAAGUACCCCCUCUCAUGUCCUUACCAUUAAUUCAGCAGACUACAUCUGAUGUACAACAGCAGCAAGAUUCGAAGAAAGGUUCAGAAAAGAAAAAACGCAAAAGGCCGAGGUGGAGAAAAAAGAAGGCCAGUCAACAUGAAGGACAACAAGUUACUGGAGAAUCCCAGGAUGAUGGAGAGGAAAGUCCGGACUCUGACUCGGAUAAUGAAGACAUAGAUGAGAAACCAGAUCUUUAUCCCACCUCCAAGUUCACUUUGAAUCCAAGUGAACAUGGGUCUACCAAGGGUAAAGGGUUCCAGGAUCAUGGAAAACAGAGGGAAGGCUAUUUUCCCAUGCAAAGUGAGAAGUCACAGCUUCCUAAAGGCCUAUGCCAAGAAAACUUCAUUCCAGAAAUCACUGCCAAUCAAGAUUUGGAGGAAAAUUUGAUUGACUUCUCUGGUGAUGACUGGCAGGGGGCAGAUACCGCAGUCGAUGAUCUCUUCACCAAUGACUUGCUUUCACAAGUUGAUGACAUUUUCUUUGAUGACUGGUUUGGACCUUCAAAUGCAGCAAGCUCUUUGUCUCAGGGCAGUGAAUGUUCCUCCAUAUCUGACCAGAGUACGGCCAACUCAGAAACUGCUCACUCAGAUAAAUCAACAGCAAAUUUGGUUUUUGAAUUCAUUCUAAGAGAGCACAAUGGCCAAGUACCAUUUUCAGUGAUUUCUGAGAACAAGGAAUUGUUUCCACCAGAGAUAACUGACAUUGGUGCAUGGUUUAAAAAGAACAGAAACAGAUUUGUAACCAUCGAGAACAAGCUUGGGGAAAUUGAAGCUAUCAGAGCAUUUAAUCCCAAGGCAAGCAUUUGUUUUCGUUAUCUGUUGACCAAGAGGGGCUGUAGAGAUCCCAAGUGCUUCCGUUAUCAUGUUUGCAAGCAUUAUCUUGCUAACGGCAUCUGUCCAUUUGGUAAAAAAUGCAGGCACAGCCACAGCCAUAAUUUAAGAAGCCCACACAAUAAAAACAUCACAAGACAACUGAGACUUGAUGAACACUCCCAGGAGCAGCUGCGCAUUCUGAUUGCUGCAUCAGUCCCUGAGGUUUGCCUUGAAUACAACAGUCGGUCCUGUCAACGGGGUUUAAGAUGCAAUGGUAUACACAUCUGCAAGUAUUUUGUGAUGAAAAACUGCCGUAGAGGAGAUGAGUGUCCCUUGGGCCACAAAUCCAGCCUUGAAACACCAGCAGCUAAAUUGGUAUUAGGCAGAUACAAUUUGACCAAAGUUCCACCCCAAGCGGUUUUGAGUGCACUGUUGGUGCGUGACCUGCUUUCACCUAAAAACACCAUAUCAGAGCUCCCAGCUGGUAUGUAAGACUGAAUACUAAGGCCAAUUUAAAAAUGAGAACAAAUGUUUCUUGUCCCCUAAUGAUUUAUUUUUGGGCCGCCUCUCUUUUUUGUUAUUACUUGGUCAUUGCAAAAAUCUGAACAUGGCCUUAUUUUCUUUUCAUAAAAAGAAGAUUCCUGUACUGGCAUUUUUUAAUACACCCUUCCUAUUGAGAUAUAUUGUAUGAUGCAUCACAAGUCACUGUUAAAAACACAUCAAAACAAACUGCAUUUGAGUUUAACAGUCAAUAUGAAUUUGAAAUUUCAUGUGUUAAUAUUUGACUAAGAACGUCAACUAAUUCUUUGGGGGGUAAUAAUUUGUAAAGAAAGCAUUCGUUUGGCAAUAAUAAUAAUAAUAAUAAUAAUAAUAAUAAUAAUAAUAAUAAUAAUAAAAGGGAAAUAUCAAAAAAGUACCCGCCUGCUUUCUUUGUUUUAGAAACCCGGAUGAGAAACAAGUGUCUUUUGCUGGACCUAAUAACUGUAAAUUAUUAUCAAAAAUAAUACGUUUCACAUUCACCAGGGUUUUCAAUUUAUUAAGCUUCAAACAUAAUAAAUCAAAUUCAUUGCAUUACAUUAUCUGUUUCAUAUUCCCUAAAAUCACUGUUACAGUGCAAUUGUGCUUGUAGCUUGAUGUUAUUGAAAAGAGGUUGCAGUGUCAGACUAAAUAAUAGCCUGCAAGCACGCUCUCUGGGGUGCUCUGGAGUUGGGGUGGGAAAAGGAAGGAGAGCUUACAACUUCAUCGCUGGAAUUUGAAUAUCUGCAUCGAAAAAGUCUAUGCAAAAAUGCUGAUUGGCGGAUAUAUCAUUACCCUUGGCACAUAUUUUUCCAUGUUUGCUUACAUUCGCACUUAUUUCCACUUCGCAUUGUUGGGCUGAAAUCUGACAGCUCAGUUGUCAGGGAGCCACAGGGGAAUUGGAGGUGGAGUUCAUAUUCCAGAGACGUAGUUGCAAGUUCUCCUUUCUUUUCCCGCCUUGCCGUCAGAGCGCCCCGGAGAGCGUGCUCACAGGCUAAAUAAAUAAUUUAUUACCUACACAGUCAAAACAAUGCCAAUUUUACCUUUGUCUCGUUUGACAGUACAAGUUGCACGUGAGAGGAGAUCAGCAACAUGCCAGCCACAUUACAUAUGUGUGGAUAAUCUGCUGGGUCAGUGUAGCAAACAGUCUCUGUGUGACCAAUCACACCGCAAUAGACCCUAUAUGUGGCAGUACAGGUACAAGGAUUCUAUUACUGAGAGCGGGAUUGGCAACUCUUGGAAGUCUUUUACAGAGAGUGAAAAUGAGGCUAUUGAGAGGCAGUUCUGUGACGUUAACGUAACUGUGGCAAGGAUGGAAGAUAUUAUGAUAUCAACACCACCAGAUGUACUGUAAGUGCACAUGUUUAAUAAUUUGUAUCUGUAUCAAAAACAGUUCUAGAUUUGGAUAUGGUCAUGCAUGGUCCUACAUGUACAGAUAGAUACACGUAGAUCUAUAGAAAAUAUAUGUGGCUGGCAGACAUACUGUAAUUAUUGAAAUAGGAGAAAAAGUACAACAAAAUGAGAUGUGUCUGUAUUAUUUGCGAAAACAUUGUUCAGUGAUUUUGUUACAAAUGGUUAUGGUGUGUGCUGCGACUCAUCUUGCAAAAAAAAAUUAUGAGUCCAAGUGCAGAACCAUUGAGUCCCAGUUCAAAAAAAUAAUGACUCCUAAACAGGUUUUUUUGGAGGCCUUUAUGUAACCAUGCAGACAAUUAAUCUGAAGACAAACUCCAAAACUGAUCAAAACUCGUUAGUACAGUUUAGUUGAAUAAAAAAACUCCUUCUAUCGUUAAACAACAGCUGCAAGAACAGCCACAGAAAUCACACAAACUCGGUAUUCUACAAAAACAUCUUCAGAUCAACUGAUCGAUCUUUGCAUUAAAUGGGACGCAUGCCAUGAAUAAUUAUUUUGCAUCUUUGGCACUUUUUAUGCAUCAGGGAUGCAGGAUGCAGAGGUAACAAAAUCACUGAUUGUUGUUGUUUUUUUUAGUAAAUGGGCAUUUGAAAGUAUUUUGCUCUGCCCUACAUUGUGGUCAAUCAAUUCAGACUAAGAAAAAAGUUACCAGUGGAUCCCAUGCUCGCGUGAAUCCAAGCUAAUGUUAACCCCACUAUAAUCUACACUACACUGCAUGACUUAUAAUUGUUGGCUGUUGUUUUGUUUGUUUGUUUUUUUCCUUAGAGGGUUACAACCUUGAUUGUUCUAUAUGUAUUAACUGUAAAAUUCAGAAAAUAAGCCCCUCCAAAUACAAGCCCCCCAAACUGGUAACUUAAAAAACCCUUCGUUAAAUCGCCUCUCCAAAAUUAAUAUAAGCCCCCCUGGGUCUUGUAAUUCGAAAACUGCCCUCAAAUACACAGUGAAACAAAGAAAAAACGGUAAAUUUACUUCUAGCUAUAAGGCCAGCCCAAUCAAUUUUGAGACGCAAAUUUCCCUCCGUAGAUAAGCCCCUCCGAAUAUAAGCCCCUCCAAAAAUAAGCCCCUCAAAAAGGGCCUUUAAAAAAUAUAAGCCCUGGGGCUUAUUUUCGGAAUGAUACGGUAUUUGUUCUUCUUGCACAGCAUUGAUCCUGGUGAUGGGGAGACUGUAAUAAACUUUGAUGAUAUGAAAGCUACAACCAGUUUUGGAGAUGUUCACUUGAGACGCCUGUCUACUAAGUCGGCGGUUUUGCCUACUGAUCAUGCUCUAUCAACUCAGUGGAUUUGGUACUGGCAGGAUGAGACCAAAAGUUGGAAUGAGUAUGGCUCUGAACCAAUGGUAUGUUGAGGGUGACGUGAGGGUGUAGUUGCAGUUUUGGGAAAAUUCUAUUUAACCCUGAAAUAUUGUGAUUUAAGAAGACUAAACAGUUGAUGGUUUUAUAAUUUUUGUUUUUGUUUUGUUUUACUUAUUUUAUUAUAAUUUUGAUGCAGUAUGUCAGAUUUUCUCAUUAUUCCUUUUUCUGUGGAGAAUUCAACAUCUCACCCCCUUAUACCCCCUCUAUGCUGGUGUAAUAACCACUGCAUAGCAAGUCCCAAGAGGAAUCCAUUUUUUUUUCUUUGGCAUAGUGAGUCCCCAGCAGAAUCCACUGCACAUAGAGUUUCAGUGAUAAAAUGUUUCAUAUAUCUACAUAAUUUGGUAGUGAUUUAAGCAUUUUGAACCUUGCUGGCUGCACUGUUGGUUGAUUUCAAUCCCAGAAAUUAGAUUUUAUGAAAAAACAUUGUAGGUGCCUGCACCCAUGUAGGCCGCUCGUAGACGGUAAAUAGUGAAAUUACAUACCCUGUUUACUACUCAAGGCCCUCGAGCCACACCCUGAUCAGCUGCCCACAUCCCUUUUGGCUGAAUUAGGGAGUUCACUCCCCCCUUCCCCCCCCCCCCCCCCCCCCCCCCCCCCUCUCCCGCUGGUUUAUCACCGCGCCUUUCUCCCUCUCACCCAAACCCCCCCCCACCACAACCACCCCCCCCCCCCACCCACCCCCACUUCAACCAUUACAACGCUCAUCUACAUAAAACCAAAAGAAAACCGACAGAUGUCAGACUUAAUCAAUACACACUAGAUUUGUAUAUAUUCAUUUUUUACACAACACCCAACAAGUUAGUAAAACAAAACACCAUUGCAUGUUGCUGCCCCAUUGAAUGUGCAUCAACCGAGCAAAACACGUAAAUAAACUCCCCGUUUAAUACACAACCACCCCGAACCCCAACCUCUUCACCUGCCCCCCACCCCUUUAGGUAAAAAAGGGCAAUCCCACCCCCCUUCCCCCCCCCCCCCCCCCCCUCCGUCGUGUUCUAAACGUGAUCGACUACCGAGUAUUUGUCCUACACAACCAGAUACACUGCACAGACAAUCGACUCCAUCCCCUGAUCUACAUGUAUUGCUACAGUGGAACUUCGAUAUAACAAAAGGCCAAGGGACAGGCAAAAUUUGUUCGCUAUAACGAGGUUUCGUUAUAUCGUUAAAAUGUAUUUCCAUUACUGGAGUAACCAAAAUCGUUCGAUAUACCGAGGUCGUCGGAGGUUCGUCAUUAUCGAGGUUCCACUGUAGGCUGCUUAGAAAGAUCGAAACAAUACGAUCAAUAUCGCAAUCGUCCUGAGUAUAAAAUUUAAAGUAUAAAAUUUUGGCCGUGCUAGUUAGCUGAAAAUAAAUCUGAUCGAAAGAUGGGAGGGAUGACUGGACAGGAGUGUAGCAAAUCGUAGGAUCGAGAUACAGUAGUUAUCGUGUUUAUAUAAAUAUGAAUUCUGGUAGCUUUCAACAAUAAAUUUACCAAUAUCUUAUGGUAAGUGCUUUCUUUUUUAUACCUUUUCAUCUUCUAUGCUGACCUUGUGCACCCGGCCAUAUACGAACUUCAAGGAAUUCUGUAUUAGCUUUCUGUAUCGAUUACAAUAGGGAAAAGGUCACGUUACGAGCAUGAUCGUCAAGCGCAGAUGGGGUCCAGUCUCCUCUCGGCGAUUGCAUGAGUGUGACUUGAGACCGCGCGAGAAAAAACAAAGAUUUGGUGCGUCCGUGGGCUACAAUUCAAGCCGAACCUUUCUUGUAGUCAUGGAAUUCAACUGUGAGGGGCAAAAUUAAUAGCCUGUGAGCAAGCUCUCCGGGGGGCUCUGGCAGCGUGGCGGGAAAAGGAAGGAGAGCUUGUAAUUGCAACUUUAAAAGCCUGCGAAAACAUCCGUUCCUCCUCGCUCUUCGUCGCUGGGGACGUUUCGCGCGGCGAAGAGCGAGGAGAAACGGAUGUUUUCGCAGGCUAAUUGCAACUACGUCUCUGGAAUUGGAAUUCCACCUCCCCUGUGGCUCCCCGUGGACUGAGCUGUCAGAUUUGUCCUUCUUUUUCCCGCCCCGCCGCCAGAGCGCCCAAGAGAGAUUGCUCGCUGGAGUACAGAAUUAACUGCAGUGGAGCGGCUGGAAAUCUCCUGUACGGUCUAUACAGUACAAGCUUCUUGAAGAAUCGUCCCCCGGCAAUAUAAGGGAAUCCCAGAAAGUCUUGGGUUAUGAAUUCCACGCGGUGGAUUCCGGAUCACAGGUACUGGAUUCCGGAAUUUUUGUUGGUGGAACCUGGAUUCCAGACUCCAAUCGUUAGUAGGAUCCGUAUUCCUUCAGCUGUAGUCCGGAUUCCAAGGCCCAGGAUUCUGGAUUCUACAAGAAAAACUUGCUGGAUUCCGGAAUCCAAAUUCCCUUACAUGGGGCGAUUCUUGUAUUGCUUACGGCCAAAAAAUAUUAAUUAAGACAACUUCCCUAGCACGCACCGCAGGCGAAUUUAUUGUGAGGGCGAACGAGCGGCGAGCGUUCUGUAUUUUUCGACUGUAGCCGCCAUCUUUAAUUUUGAACGCUCAAGAAAAUUUGAAAGCCUCUCUCAGUCCACCACAACCUUAGCGCAUUCUAGUUCCCCCUUCCCCCUCCCCCCCGCUUCCCGAGUGCCGAGCUGCAAUCCUCGAGUAGUACAGUGGACCCUCUAUCAUGGUAACUAUUCGGCCCUCAGGAAGAAAAAAGAGGGUUUACCAUCACUCGUCACGGUCUCUUCUAGGGCAUGGCCAAACAGCAAGAAAUAGAAUCAGUAUACAACAGCGGAAAGUCGUUUUACAGAUUUAAAGCUGGUGGCGAUAUGCACAAAAUCUUGUUUCGCCAUUCGCCCAUGUGUCAGCAGAACACCAAGCAACCAAUUUCAACGAUAAGAGUGAGGAGAAGACCUUUAUUUAGAUCAGGGUCAGAAGUACAGGCACUUCAAAGGUAAGGAAUAGCACGAAUCCUUCAUAUGACUGUAAAUAAAUAUUGUUCAUCUGCGACGCUAGUCCAUAAGCAAAGACAUCACCUUUAAACCCUAGUAAAAGAGACCAACAAUUAGUUUCCCCUUAGAUUUCUGAUUAACCUUAAAAAAAGUUCAUCACAAUAUAUAAAAAGGGUCUUGAUGGAAUUCUCCCCGUCAAAAAGAGGAAAUUAAGGAGAAAUGUGCAUGCUGAUAUUAGGGUUAAAGGGUUCACACGUUAAGCCCGUAUAUCAGGCACAUGGGAAAUGUGGGCCUCAAGAUAUAUAAGCAGUGUGAUUAGUGGAGGCUAGGACUCCUCGCGAUCGUCCGUCCUCGUUCCUCGCGGCCACCCCUCUUAUUUGCGCCUACAUAAUAAUGUGCAAAACACAGUGGAACCACGUUGAUAAGGGCAAAGGGACUCGAGUGUCCACAUUACGGAAGUCGGUGUUUUGUGACUUUCAUCAUCUUUGAGACAGAAAAAAAAACCCGUCGGUAAAGUUAAUUAAAAUAUAAUAACUGUGAGGUGCUUGUUUCGUUGGCAAGUUGAGGCUAAACUGUAUCCACCGAGACCACAAAUUUCCGUUUUCCGUCGUAUAAUCGAUGAUUUGAUAGUACACGCCCGAGAGCGACUUUUCCAAUCAGUUUUAUGGAAUUUAUUACCUUAUAUUAUUCACCCUUUGUUUCUUAUAGACCACUGGAGUUGCCUGUACCCUUGGAGCCUCAAUCACCCCUCACCACGGGUAGCACACCAAACCGCGGCGUCCCACCUCAAUGGACAGAUGUCCCUGAAGAUCAGGAGUAUAAUCGAGUACCCCUCCCUGAAAUCUCCCACCAAUACAAACUGGCUGAGAGUCUCUUCAGGCAAUCCAUGUCGGAGAACAAGGCAGUUAUUGUCGCCAUUGAACGAGUCCAGAACACAUUUCUGUGGGAUAAGUAUUCGAGGUACUAUAAAGCUCAUUUUGUGUAAUUGUGUUUCAUUUUCAAAUCCGUAAAUAACAUUGCUUUAUGCUCUAAGCGUCUCAUUAUUGGCCCGGCAAAAGGUAAAUUACUGUACAUGUUUUACUGUUCGUUUGUUUGUUGUUCUCUGCUGCUUUUCCUACCCUGUCGCCUCAUGUAACAGGGCACCCAACGACUGUUUCCUGUGAAAUAUCUGUUCGAAGAAGGGAAAAUUGCCUAGAAUUUUCUAUUACUUGAGGAUGGCUAGAAAUUUCUAGACGACCGUUCCACUCAUGUACAAUUUUCGGAGCUUAAUAUCUAAUAUUUUUCCGACGGGAGGUUAAUUCAGUUCAUAUUUCACUUUCCCAAGUUAGGCUAUUUUUCGUAGAGGAAAGGAAACCUAAAAUUUUCGGACUUAAAAAUGCAAUGGAGAGAGAAAUCAGAGUGUCUCACUUUCGUAAUUCGGGAAAUUGCAUCUAAAAUUUUCGGGAAAAUAAUACUCGUGCCCUUGAAACUUCGAAAAAAAUUCAAGCUCCCCUAGGAUGACCGAACAGACACAGAUUUUAUAGCGUCGCUUAUAAUGCAUUUCUAGACAUCUAAAAGUACUCUGGAUAGCCUAAAACAUUUAUCAAUGUAUUUAGGAGGAAAUCGUCGUUGGGUGCCCCGAAUGUGAGGGAACCCGGAAUCCAGGACUGUCUUCGAUUCCCUUAGCUUGCAUAAGGCGAAACUGUGGUAAUUCACAUCGCUAACACACAUAAAGCGGUUUAGUAUUGGUCUGGUAAAACGGGCAAGUUAUACCACCCGUUCUUAUGUUUGAUUGCUUUUGUAAAUUCAUAUAGCAGAUGUGCUCUGCUCUGCUGUUUUAGCUACUCUGCUCUCUACAAAAAAAGGAGAACUGCCACUGAACUGCCAUGAGUCUGUCUCAAGGAUCUGUCCAUUCUAUUGCAGGAAAAAAGAAAAGUUAGAGAAACGAUUCCGAACCAAAGACAUCCCAGUAAAUGAAAAGCUUCUUUUUCAUGGAACCGACCACCAACUUGUUGACACCAUUUGCGAGGAGAACAUCGACUGGCGAGCCAUGGAUGAGAAUCGAGCAUCCUCCUUCGGACAAGGCGCCUACUUCACCGCAGAAGCAAUCCUUAGCAAUCUCUACUGUCAGCAGGACUCUGAUGCCGUGCGGUACAUGUUUCUGGCCGAGGUACUGGUGGGGUCGUUUGCUAAAGGUGAGCCGUCGAUGAAGCGACCCCCGUAUAAGGAAGAUCCCACGUCCAAGGAAGAGCGUCACGAUUCCUGUGUGGACAAUGUAGAUAAGCCCACCAUAUAUGUGCUUUUUGACCCGGAUCAGUAUUACCCGACUUUUUUGAUCCAGUACAAAAUGAAAUCAAAGGUAGUGUGCUAA